AUGGCUACUGGAAAAUCAAAAUCUACCGCAACAUCAGCUUCUUCAAAACCAGCUUUUAAAUUUGAUCAAGAUAAAUUAUUACAAACAAUUCAAUCAUUACAAUUUGUUUGGUUUCUUGGUAAUGUAUUAACAUUAAUUGGAUUUUUAUUUUAUUCAUUAACUUAUUUAAAAUUUAUUCCUUCAUUAUAUAAACCAACUUAUAUAUUAACAUUAAUUGGUAUAUUUAUAAGUUUUGGUAUAUUAAUUUUUCAAAUUAUUCAAAAAAAUGGGUUUAAAUUACCAAUAUUAAUUAAAGAUGAUAAUUUUCAUUAUAUUUUAUUAGCUGGUUUCUUGUUAUUUUUAAGACCUUAUGUUUUAUUAACUUUAGUUCCAUUUGUUAUUUUCGCUACUUUUCAUGUAUUAGCUUAUAUUAAUGGAUUUUUAUUACCAAUAUUUGGUUUAAAUAAUUCAAUAAUUUCAAAAUAUAUAACAAAUUUUAUUUCAAAUAAUAAUGCAAAAUCUAUACAAAUUGCAAGUGGUAUUGAAUUAAUUACAUUUGUAUGGUUAAUUUUAAGAAUGUUAUUAUUUAGAAAAAGAUCUUUAAGUCCUGUAUUAGUUUAUUUAAUUUUUUUAAAAAAAAGACAUGAAGUUAGUCCUUUUACAAGAAAUUAUUUAAAUUGGAUUGGUAAUACUAUUGAUGGUUUUGUUAUUGAUAUUGGUCAACCUGUUUUAACUCAAGUUUGGGGUCAUGUUAAAACUUUUUUCCAUACUGUUGAUCAAUAUAAAUUAGUUCAUGAUUGGCAAGCAGAAGAAGCUGCAAAAGCUAAAUAA